AUGAAAAUAUUAUUUAAUAUUGAUCUCAAGAAAUAUAUAUUAUUCCUUUAUUUAUUAUUCCUUUUAUUUAUAUGUAUAAAAAAAUAUAAUACCUUUACUAUUUUACAAACAAAUUGUAACCAAAAUGAAAAUAUAAUAAGAUUAAAUAAAUUUAUUUCUAUAAACAAUAAUAUUUCUAGGAGAAAAUCAGAUAAAUUUAUACAAAAUGGCAAUAUAAAAAUUAAUAAUAAAACAAUAAUAAAUCCAGGUACUCAUGUAGAUAUAACUAAAGAUCAAAUAAAAGUUAAUGAUAAAAAAAUUAACAUACAAAAUAUUAAAAAUAUAUUAAAUAAUUAUAAUAUUAAUAAUAAUUCAUAUAAAUGGAUUGUCUUACAUAAACCUAAAGGAUUGAUAUGUACAAAUCAGGAUGAAAAAGAUCGAAAAUCUGUUUUUUCAAUUUUUCCCGAAGAUUUAUUACAAAAAUAUCGUAUUGUGUCUGUGGGCAGGUUAGAUCGAAACACCUCUGGGAUUCUUCUCUUUACAAACGAAUAUGCUUGGGUAAACAAAUUAACACAUCCCAAAUAUGAAAGAGUAAGGAAAUACAUGAUACAUAUAGAAGGGCCUGUACGCAUGGAUGCUCUUAAAAUGCUAGCUAAUGGUGUAUACUUAAAAGAUGAAGAUAAUGAUAAAAAAAAAAAUAAAAAAACUCAACCUGCUCUCAUUGAAGUUCUUAGAGAAGAAAAUGUAAAAAUACAAAAUCAAAUUAAAAAAAUAUCUGUAUUAAAUAUUAGCAUAAAAGAAGGAAGAAAUAGACAAAUUAGAAAAAUGUUUCAACAAAUAAAUCAACCAAUAAUUAAAAUUAAAAGAACUGCCUUUGAAAAUAUUACACUAAAAAAUAUACAUCUCCCCAAACAAUAUAGAGAACUAACAAAAAAGGAAAUAACAAAUUUAAAGACGCGAAAUUUUUUAACCAACUAA